UGGUGGUGUUGUGUCGUUUAAUUCAAUGUGUCUAUUCAGAGCUCCGGUAUAGUUUUUAUUCAAUUUGUCUAUUUGAAGGCUCAGGUAGUUUUCAAUCAUAGCUAACAACAAUGGUUUUAUACGAUCUGUUUAAUGGUAUUAAAUAUGCCAUCAAAUUGGAUACCAUUUACAUUGAUAACAAUGUAUUUCGUAUGCACUAUAAGCUAACGGUAGCCCUACUGAUCGGGUCAUCCCUGUUGGUAACCUCCAGUCAAUUGUUUGGCGAUCCAAUCAGCUGUAUAGGUGCCAAUGAUGAUACCCAGGUACCCGAACAAGUACUACAAACCUAUUGUUGGAUACAUUCAACAUUUACAUUGCCCGGUGCUCUCGGAAAACAAGUCGGGGUAGAAGUGGCACAUCCGGGUGUCGAUACCUAUACACCCAAUGAAAAACGUCAAUAUCAUAAAUACUAUCAAUGGGUAGCACUGGUACUGUUUCUACAAGCACUGGGCUUUCUGACGCCACGCUAUCUAUGGAAACAACGAGAAGCCGGACAAGUGGCCCGACUAGUUGGCCAACUAAAUCAGCCAAUUGUCGACAAUAAAGACCAACAAAUCAAGCUAUUGGUCGGCUAUUUGGCCAAUAAUUACCGUCGCGGUCAACAUCGGCUAUACUUUCUCUGGUAUGUCGUAUGCGAAACCUUGAAUUUGGCAAACGUUUUGCUACAGAUGUGGCUAUUGAAUCAUUUUCUCGGCGGUUCGUUCACCCGAUACGGUUGGCGUGUACUCGAAUGGUCCGAACGGGAUAUCAGUGAACGCGGUCCGACCGACCCGAUGUUGGCCGCCUUCCCGCGGGUAACCAAAUGUACGUUUUGGGUAUACGGCUCAUCCGGUGAUGUCCAGCGACACGACUCCCUAUGUAUACUACCGUUGAAUAUCAUCAACGAAAAGAUCUAUAUAUUUGUUUGGUUUUGGUUUGCAUUGUUGGCCUCAAUAUCGGCACUGGUCAUGAUCUACCGUUUGCUGACCAUAUGUUUUCCAUCGGUACGCUAUUUGGCACUCAAAUCGCGUGCCCGAUUGGCCGACUCGGCCAAUGUUCGCCUUGUAGUUCGCCGAUCGGAUAUUGGCCACUGGUUUCUAUGGCAUUUGUUGUGCAAAAAUCUGGACGGCCAACACUGUGCACGUGUUUUGGACGCGUAUUGCGAUAGUGUUUUUGGUGUCGGCUCCGGCACCGGUAUUGUGGCCAACAAUACCAAUGAUAAGCAAGUAGUGAUAGUCAAUGAAAUAAUUUAAUAAUAAUUAUAAAACAAUAAUUAUUAUAUAUU